UCUAACAAUAACAACACCACUUCCUUUACCAAAAGGGAGAAAAAAGAGAGAAAGAAAUGGAAUGUUGUUGACCGAAAGUCGUCUUCCCCAUCGCCGGCACGCCGAAACGCCCUUCGCUGUCGCCGCCAAGCUCGCCUCGCCCCCUCCUUCCGCCGAACCACGCCUGGAGAUCUCCCUCGUGGGCAUUCUUUCUCGUCCUCUCUAUUGGUAGCGAGUGAAGACCUACCCGGACGCGAUUCUUCUUCUUGGCUGAAGAAGUAGUGCCAAAUUCUACAUUCGUAUUUGGUAUUAUAUAAGACGGAUUAGUAGUGGAAUGAUCCUUUGGGAGAAUGGAAGGCAAUAACCUGCCACCUGGAAACUUUAUGCAAGGAGCAACUUAUGGCAGUUCAGACUUGCACCGGAAUCCCAUGCAAAUGCACGGUCCAAGCUCCGGUAAUCAGGGCUUCAACCACUCUCAGAUACCUGGCAAAUUCCCCAUGCCUAUGAACCAGGUUACAGAUUCUGACCACUUGUCGGAAUUUCAAUUCAGAGGACAAAGGAAGGCUGAUCACCACCAGGUCCACCAUCACCACUAUCACAAGAAGGACUCCAUGAGCGAUGAUGAGGAGCAUGGUCUGAACGAGGAUACCACUGAUAGCCACAGCAGCAAGGGAAAGAAGGGCUCAGCAUGGCAGCGGAUGAAGUGGACGGAUUCAAUGGUUAAGCUUUUAAUUACUGCAGCGUCCUACACUGGUGAGGAUCCAGGAGCUGAUUUAGGAUGUGGAAGGAGGAACUGUGCAAUGGUGCAUAAAAAAGGCAAGUGGAAGGCAAUAUCAAAGGUGAUGGGCGAGCGAGGUUGCAAUGUGUCACCGCAGCAGUGCGAGGAUAAGUUCAAUGACCUCAAUAAGAGAUACAAAAGGCUUACAGAUAUCCUUGGUCGGGGUACAACUUGCAAGGUUGUGGAGAAUCCAGCACUUCUGGAUCGCAUGGAUAAUCUCUCUGACAAGUUGAAAGAUGACGCAAGGAAGAUACUGAGCUCAAGGCACUUAUUCUAUGAGGAGAUGUGCUCCUACCAUAAUAAUAACCGGAUUAGUUUGCCUGAAGAUCUUCCACUUCAGCGUUCACUGCAGUUUGCUCUUAGGUGCAAAGAGGAAAAUGAUAUGAUGAGAGGAGCAAGUGGAGAUGCCGAUGAAGAUGACCAGAGUUCAGACUCUGAUUAUGAGGAAGAUAAUGAUGAGGACCAUCAUGUGGCGCAUAGCAAUAAAGGGGGCUUACCCAUGCAAAAGAAGAUGCGGUAUACAGCGGAUCAUGAGGAUGCAGGUUCACACGAAUGUAGCCGGAGGUCUAAUCCCCAUGGCAUCGCACUAGAUAUCAACAAAGUUGUUCCAGAUGGAACCAGCUUGGCUUUGACACAGAAGGGCUUAGUAUUGCAAUCUGCAGAACUUGAAAAACAGUGCUUGAAAAUCGAAAAUGAGGCACUGGAGCUUGCAGAACAACGCCUCAAGUGGGAACUAUCCAGUAAAAUUAAGGACAAGGAACUGGAAAGGAUGAGGUCAGAUAACGAACAUAUGAAGAUUGAGAUUAAACACUUAGAACUGGAGGUAAGGCGCAAAGAGUUAGAGCUUGAACUCAAGCUGAAAGGAAAUGUCAAUCAUUCAUGACAUAUAUUUAGGCGGUCAAGAUUGGCCUGUAAGAUGGUAGCCGAUGGCUUCUGAUGUUAGCGUAGAAUACUGCCAGCAGGUCGCCCGUGCACUUCGCAAGAUCUCGUUUUGCAAGAAUUGGGUAUUUGAUGAGGCUUAUGAUCACCCCUUCAGUUUUUCUGUUUUUAUUGCAAUACAUUCUUUGCUAUAGCGGGCUUGUAGCAGUGACUCUGAGUGGUAAUUGAGUGGAUGGCUUGCGUUUGCUUACAAUAGAUAUCAAAUGUAAAGCCCCAAGAGCUCGUUAUAUGCUGCCAAUUGCUGUCGUAAGUUUUAUCUGGAUUUUGGUAAAACAGGUUCGGAUUGUUCAUCAAGAAUCCAAGUUGUAGUCAAAUUAAUAAUUCGAUUCAAUUUCAGAGAUUGAACUGGAAUAUCAUGCGAAACUAUCCGAU